AUGGGUGAUAUUGAACAUGGUUGUAAGGAAUCCAUAACUCCCGAGGGCGACGAAGAAAUCCAGUCAUCUAAAGGGUUAGUUGCUGUCGGGCGGGAACACCUUGCUGGCGUUACACCUCCCCAUGAGUCCUACGAGGGCUAUCAUCGAUUCUACCCGACAGCUUCCUGGACAGCUAAGGAAGAAAGAAGGGUUGUUCUGAAGACAGACAUAAUGCUACUGACCUGUCUCUGCCUCAUGUUUUUCGGACUUCAACUAGACCGUGGAAAUUUGUCUAAUGCUUUGACGGACAAUUUCCUCGACGACCUGGCUCUGACUACUGAUGACUAUAACAAUGGCACGACGAUACAACUGGUUUGCUUUCUAGCUGCAGAAUUCCCCGUUCAGCUCUGCAUCAAGCGUUUCGGCUUCAGACGGGUGUUGCCCACUCUGAUGCUCGCCUGGAGUCUGGUAUCUUGGACUCAGGCCUGGAUGACUGGCCGUGCUUCAUUCUACGUGACCAGGGCGUUGAUUGGUGCCUUUGAGGGGGGAUUUAUCCCAGGCACCAUCUUGUUUGCAACCUACUUCUAUAAAACGAAGGAGCUCUCUAUCCGACUGGCUUUUGUCUGGUCCACAUUGAAUGUCGCCCGUAUUAUUUCAGCGCUUCUUGCUGCUGGAAUUCUAGGAAUGCGCGGUGUCCAAGGAAAACCCGGCUGGUUUUGGUUGUUCCUGAUCGAUGGGCUCAUUACCUUCGUGAUCGGCUUGAUUGCCCUUUUCUAUCUUCCCAGCUCCCCGACCAACACAAAGAGUGUCCUCUACCCUCGACCCUGGUACUCGGAACGUCAGGAGGUGAUCAUGAUCAAUCGCCUUCUCCGUGAUGAUCCCUCUAAAGGCCUCACCCAUAUCAACGAGCGCGCCACAUUUCAUGAUGUCAUCGAAGCCUGGAGCGAUAAAUCCAUAUGGGGACUGUACGUCAUCGGCUUGGUCGCCUACAUCCCCCAGAGCCCCGUCCAAUCCUAUCUCUCUCUUACCCUCAAAAGACUCGGAUUUUCCACGUUCGAUUCCAAUAUGCUCUGUAUCCCGUCAGCUGCUCUCCAGGUUGUCCUCAUGCUCGCCCUCUCCAAGAGUAGCGAGAUCUUUGGCGAGCGCACAUUCCAUUGCCUGAUUGGCGAAUUUUGGUCUCUACCACUAUUGGCGGCACUGCUAGGUUUACCAGAUCAUGACUACAGUUGGGCCCGCUUUGUGAUUUCCACCUUGGUCUCGGGAUAUCCAUAUUUUCAUCCGAUCGUGUCGGCUUGGAUUUCCGAGAACACGUUCGAUGUCAAAAAGCGAGCUAUCACGGCCGCAACGUACAAUGUUAUUGUACAGAUUGGAUCAAUUAUUUCCUCUCAAAUUUACCGCAGCUACGAUUCUCCGUACUACUACCAGGGAAACAAAGUUCUCAUUUCCAUCUGCGGUCUCACACUGGCUAUCUUUAUCGCUCAGCGCGAGUUUCUACGGUACCUCAAUCAUCAAAAGGAGAAGAAAUGGCAGACGAUAUCUCCUGAGGAACGAGUCGCGUAUCAGUCAGACCAGUCAGCACGCGAGAAGGAAGGUAAUAAGCGACUGGAUUUCCGCUUUAAAUACUAA